AUGGAUGCAAACUUUCAUUCUCUGUCACCACCCACAAGCUCGCCUCUUGAUAUCGAGCAAAAAGAUGAAGAAGCGGAUAUCUCGCCUGACGCAGAGACGGAACACAAGCAACCGGUGGUCGUGCCGCGACUGAAGCGUAGAGGUCUUUUCGGCCAACUCACGCUGCUCGCCGAAAUCGAAAAUCCGAAGACUUAUCCCCGAAAGAAAAAAUGGUUCAUUACUUUUAUAGUCGCAGUAGCUGGUGCCACGGCACCCAUGGGCAGCUCAAUAUUCUUCCCAUCAUUAUCACAGGUGUCAAAGGAACUAAACACAACAACCACAAUAGCAAAUCUUUCAAUCUCAUUAUACAUGCUGAGCAUGUCCAUAUUUCCACUCUGGUGGUCAUCCUUCAGUGAGAGGUUGGGUCGGCGCACAAUAUAUCUCGUUUCCUUCUGCCUCUUCGUUGUAUUCAAUAUCCUCUGCGCCGUGUCCAGUUCAAUUGCAAUGCUCAUAGUGAUGCGAAUGCUGAGUGGUGGCGCAUCAGCCUCUGUUCAAGCAGUUGGUGCAGGCACAAUUGCGGAUCUCUGGGAUUCUCAUGAGCGGGGCCGUGCAAUGAGUAUCUUCUAUCUAGGUCCGCUAUGCGGUCCGCUAUUGGCACCAAUUAUUGGAGGUGCUUUGGCCCAAAGAUGGGGCUGGCGAAGUACUUUGUGGUUCCUGGCCGUUUACGGGGCAGUCACUGUCAUUUUCAUAUUCCUUGCCCUUCCUGAAACCUUAGUGGUGUCGAAGGCCCCUGGCACGGACGAGGAGCAACAAGAAGCCGUUGGACGGCAACUGAGCAGAGUGUCUUCUCGGCAGGUGGUCCAGUUCACCACAAAAUGGCUGAGAAUCCUCAAGAUGGUGUUCAUAGACCCCCUGAAGAUUGUUCUCUACCUACGAUACCCGCCGGUAUUUCUCACUGUAUACUACGCAAGCAUUACAUUUGGCUCGCUCUAUGUGUUGAACGUGAGUAUUGAGCAUACCUUUGGAAGCAGUCCCUAUAAUUUUGCUACGAUCAUUGUUGGUCUGCUUUACAUCCCAAACUCUGUGGGAUACAUGGUAGCGAGCUCAUUUGGUGGCCGAUGGAUGGAUGAGAUUAUGCAGCGCGAGGCGCGAAAGGCGGAGAGAUACGAUGAAAAUGGCAAAUUGAUAUACCACCCCGAAGACCGCAUGCGAGAGAAUGCCUGGCUUGGUGCCUUGCUUUACCCUGCGGCCUUAAUUUGGUACGGAUGGACUGCUGAUCGGGGAGUGUUUUGGCUGGCACCGAUGAUCGCCAAUUUCUUUUUCGGUAUUGGGUCGAUGCUGAUUUUUAGUAUGGCAACCACGAUGUUGACGGAAUUCAUGCCCAAGAAAUCGUCCGCCGGAGUGGCCUUAAAUAAUUUUAUGCGGAACAUCUUCUCGUGUGUCGGGUCCCUGGUUACAGCCCCAAUCAUCGAUGCAAUCGGAAACGGGUGGCUGUUCACCAUUCUCGGGUUGGUUGCCUUUGCCAGCAGCUCCGUUCUUUUUGCCAUGAAGGUCUUUGGGCCACGCUGGAGAAAGUCAAUGGAUGCGCUCAGCCACUGA